AUGGAGAUUACGGAUGAUGAUGAUAAUGAUGAUGAUGACGAUAGUGGGUAUAGCGAUGAAAUCGUUACUCCAGCGAGACUGCUCCAAGAGGAGCAGUACAAUGAACCCCAGCAACCUCAGUAUCUUCCUAACCAUCAACAGCCCCAGCAUCAUGAAGAGUCUCUGCUGCAUCAACAGCCUCAGCACCAUCAACAGCCCCAGCAUCAUAAGGAGUCUCUGCUGCAUCAACAGCCUCAGCACCAUCAACAGCCCCAGCAUCAACAGCCUCAGCACCAUCAACAGCCUCAGUACCAUCAACAGCCCCAGCAGGCUUGCUAUCACCAACAGCCCCACCAUCAUCAGCAGCCCCAGCAGCCUCAGCACCAUCAUCAGGAGGUAGAGAAUCUCGUUUUCUACCCGCCAGCUCUGGGAUAUCCAGGAUAUGUUGAGCUGAGAGCUGGAGUUAACUUCCCAGAAGCCUGGGCUCAGCAAACCUCCAGAGGUCGGUUGAAUGAGCUCAUCACGCGGAGGAUUGAGGAUGGGCAUAUGGGGAGGCCAGCCAGACCCAUCGAUCUGGCUCCACAAGGAUGGCUGCUCAUUCUCAACGGGGCCUACAUGUUGCUGCCUCGAGAGAGCUGGGAGCUCCUGACGGGGAUUAGCCAUGAGGGUUGUAAUGGAGUUGGUGCCAUUGAUGUACCAUUAAUCCAAUGGCAGCACGAGGCGUAG